AAAUCAUUAUCAAUUCUCCAAAAAUAAUUCUUUCUAACAUAUAUGCAUCUCAUGAGAAAAUUGGUCUGGUUCAAGUUGAAAUUGACUCAAAGAAAACAACGUAGAAUAGAGAAUGGCGGUUCGGGUAGCUUGGUGAACAAGUCAAAUGUGAAUGAAGAGUAUGUUGAAGCCUUAAGAACUAAGUCUUACGUAGAACUAUACAAUAAAGUUCAAGAACAACUGGAAGAAGGAAGAUUAAACGAUGAUUAUAAAUUAUCAUCGUCUUCUUCUCUUCAACUCGAUACAAAUCUAUGUCAAGAAGAGAUAUCUGAACUCCCAGAAUCAGUUAAACUUCAUCCCCUUAUCGUUAACUACUUCGAUAUUACCUUAGAAGCAUGCAGAAUCUGUGAGUUAUUACUCCAGAAUGUGCAUCAAACAAGGGCUAAUUACAAGAAGAUUAGAAGGGCUAUUGGAUUGAUGAAAAUUGAGCAAGAUUCAAUGCAUUGUUAUAGAGUGUAUAGAGAACUUGCAUCAUUUGCAAGUUUAAACAACUCUUUCUCAGUUGUUAACCAAGUUCAGAUUCUUGAUACACGCGAAGGUCAUGACUCAUUGCUUCAGAAAUUAUCAUCACAAUUCAGAAGAGUUAAAAGGAGGAUGAAAUUCUGGAAAUCUUGCAAGAGAGUAUUUGGAAUUAGUAUUGUAAUAGGGUAUAUUGGUGUUAUGAUAGCUUUGUUAGUUCUAGCUCUCCAUAGUAUGGUCUGCAUUGUGGCUGCCCCCGGGUUAAUAGCUUGUUCUUAUAAGGUGUUCAAGAGAAGAUUGAAGACAGAUAAGAAAGAAGAAAGUUCAAGUUCACAGGAAAGACUAAUAGCACAGCUUGAUGUAGCAGCAAAGGGGAUGUACAUAUUGAUUAAUGACUUUGAUACGAUAAGUAGGCUUGUGAGGAGACUAUACGAUGAAAUAGAGCAUAAUAGAUCUGUAGCUGAAAUGUGUACUAGAAAGAAAAAUACGGACAUGCUGAAGGAGGCGAUAAGGGAUUACAGUAUUAACAAAAACUGCUUCAUAGAGCAGUUGAAAGAGCUUGAAGAGCAUAUUUGCUUGUGUUUCGUUACUAUAAACAGAUCAAGAAGGAUGGUUCUACAAGAAGUGGUCAGCAAAUGAGUUAUUACUGCAAUUUAUUGAAUGAAAAAUACAAAGACUAAGUUAUUGAAUGAAAAAUACAAAGACUAAGUUAUUUUUCUUUUGGUGUAACUUAAUAAUGGAAAAAAAAAAAUUUCCUCUACUUUGUUUUCU